GCAGCCGAGGCGGCUCCUUCCCAUUUCCCAAGCUCACUCUCCCUCCCCACACCGUUCCCUUCUCCCUUCUCUCCUCGCUUUCCCCCUCCUUCCGCCCUCCCUCCCCCCCUCUCUCUCUACCCCCAUUCCUCGCUCACUUGCGGGGGGGAGAAAGAUGACCGCCGCCGGCGAUGAGGCUUCGACGAUUCCACCCAACAGGACUAUCUACAUCAACAACAUCAACGAGAAGAUCAAACUCGAUGAGCUCAAGAAAUCCCUACAUGCAGUGUUUUCACAAUUCGGGAAGAUAUUGGAGAUGCUUGCUUUUAAGACGCUGAAACAUAAAGGACAGGCAUGGGUUGUCUUUGAGGAUGUUUCAUCAGCAACUGAAGCACGCAAGCAGAUGCAAGGAUUUCCAUUCUAUGACAAGCCCAUGAGAAUCCAGUAUGCUAAGACCAAGUCAGAUAUAAUAGCAAAAGCUGAUGGUACUUUUGUCCCUCGAGAAAGACGGAGGAGGCUUGAGGACAGAGCUGAAAGAAAGCGUCGGGAGCAGCGGCUUGAUGCUAAUCAAGCUGGAUUGGGUCCCUAUGGAGCUGCACCACCGCUUUCUCAAUUACCUUACCCUGGAGGGGCUAAGUCUAUGGUUCCUGAAGCUCCAGCACUGCCAAACAACAUUCUCUUUGUUCAGAAUCUUCCCCAUGAGACGACUCCCAUGAUGCUACAAAUGCUUUUCUGCCAGUAUCCUGGUUUUAAGGAGGUUAGAAUGGUAGAAGCAAAGCCUGGAAUUGCUUUUGUGGAGUAUGGAGACGAGAUGCAGGCUACACUUGCCAUGCAAGGGCUUCAGGGUUUCAAGAUUACACAACAGAGUCCUAUGCUUAUAUCAUAUGCAAAGAAGUAGGUUGUGUGAAUUUCUGGUAUGUUUCUUUAGGUCUUUCUAUUGCUGCAGUUUUAACAUGGGCACUUCUUCCCUUCAGCCAGGGAAGUUUUGGAUAUUCCAUUCUGAUCGAACUUCUUAAUGUAUCAUCUCUAGGGGAAUUACACUUUGCUGUAGUUUUGCGUCUCUCAGCACAAAUGAAUUCUCUCCAUACAUUGCUUUGUCAUUCAUAGAUCUUAUUCCAGGGCCUAGUGUGUUGGCUUCUCUUCUGAA